AUGGACUUAGUUGAGGCUGGUGAGUUAAGAUCAUUGCAAUUAAAUGAAUUAGAUGAACUUAGGUUGUAUUCUUAUGAUAACUCUAGACUUUACAAGGAACGAACCAAAGUGUGGCAUGACCGUAGGCUUAGAAAAAAGGAUUUUAAAGCCGAUGAUAAAGUUUUGUUGUUCCUUUCCAAAUACAAGUUCAAGCAACCAAAGUUGACAUCUAGGUGGAUCGGCCCUUUUGUGAUCAAACAUGUUUAUCCAUCUGGUUAUGUCGAAUUGUUUAAAUUAGAUGGAACUACUUUUAUUUUCAAUGGUCACAGGUUGAAGCUCUACCAUGAAGAGGAAGAAAAUGUGGGAGUUGUCUUUGACGAGCUUCCAUUUUUCGAAAUGACGCUACGAAGAAUGACUAAGAGUCUAGCUAAAGACUCAUAA